CCCUCUUUCAACUCAUCAGCAUAGCUACAGUACCCUGUCUUUCACUGGAGAUCCCGAACGUCGGAGGUGGACUCAACAUAGCACAGAGCCAUGGCAGAAAACGCCGGCUUGGAAAACCAUCGCAUCAAGAGCUUCAAAAACAAGGGACGUGAUGUCGAGACUAUGAGAAGACAUCGAAACGAAGUAACAGUGGAGCUGAGAAAGAGCAAACGAGAUGAACAUCUACUGAAGAAGAGGAACGUUCCUCAGGACGAGUCUCUGGAGGACUCCGACGUCGACUCUGACUUCAAAGGGCAGAAUGUAACACUAGAAGCCAUCUUACAGCUGAAGAACGCCACCAGUGACAAUGCUGGGGUCCAGCUUAGUGCAGUACAGGCUGCGAGAAAGCUCCUGUCCAGUGACAGAAACCCCCCCAUCGACGACCUGAUCAAGUCUGGCAUCCUGCCCAUCCUGGUCAAGUGUCUGGAGAGGGAUGACAAUCCAUCCCUCCAGUUCGAGGCUGCCUGGGCCUUGACCAACAUAGCCUCUGGCACAUCACAACAGACGCAGGCCGUGGUCAAGUCCAAUGCAGUCCCCCUGUUUCUGAGGCUGCUCCACUCCCCCCACCAGAAUGUGUGUGAACAAGCCGUAUGGGCGCUAGGCAACAUCAUUGGUGAUGGGCCCCAGUGCAGAGACUACGUGAUCUCCCUGGGCGUGGUCAAGCCCCUGCUGUCCUUCAUCAACCCCUCAAUCCCCAUCACCUUCCUCCGCAACGUCACCUGGGUCAUCGUCAACCUCUGCCGCAACAAGGACCCCCCGCCCCCCAUGGAGACAGUCCAGGAGAUCCUGCCUGCGCUGUGUGUUCUCAUAUACCACACUGACAUCAAUAUCCUGGUGGACACGGUGUGGGCUCUGUCCUACCUGACGGACGGGGGGAACGAGCAGAUCCAGAUGGUGAUCGACUCGGGCGUGGUGCCCUUCCUGGUGCCCCUGCUCAGCCACCAGGAGGUCAAAGUUCAGACGGCAGCUCUCAGGGCGGUAGGGAACAUAGUGACGGGGACGGACGAGCAGACCCAGGUGGUGCUCAACUGUGACGUCCUGUCCCACUUCCCCAACCUGCUCACACACCCCAAGGAGAAGAUCAACAAGGAAGCGGUGUGGUUCCUGUCCAAUAUCACGGCUGGAAACCAGCAGCAGGUUCAGGCUGUUAUUGACGCUGGUCUCAUCCCCAUGAUCAUCAACCAGCUAGCCAAGGGGGACUUUGGGACCCAGAAGGAGGCAGCCUGGGCCAUCAGCAACCUCACCAUCAGUGGGAGGAAAGACCAGGUGGAGUACCUGGUGGAUAAGAACGUGAUCCCUCCGUUCUGCAGCCUGCUGGCGGUGAAAGACUCCCAGGUGGUGCAGGUGGUGCUCGACGGGCUGAAGAACGUCCUCAUCAUGGCUGGAGAGGAGGCCAGCACCAUCGCUGAGAUCAUAGAGGAGUGUGGAGGUCUUGAGAAGAUUGAGAAUCUUCAGCAGCACGAGAACGAGGACAUCUACAAACUAGCUUUUGAGAUCAUAGACCAGUACUUUUCAGGAGAUGAUAUUGAUGAGGAUCCCAGUUUGAUCCCUGAAGCCACUCAAGGAGGAACCUUCAACUUUGACUCCGCCCCCAACAUGCAAACAAAGGAGUUCAAUUUUUAGUAGCCGGGCUCUGAUUCGUUCAACCAGCUGCACGGGUACUGUCCAACCAUCACUGACAUUCAUCCACCCCCCCCUCCAAACCUGGCAACCUGGUACCCAAGGAUCAACUCCACAAGUCUUUAAUAUGGAAUGGAAACAAUCUAUCGAAGGAUUCACCACCACCACAAUAAGCCACCACGAACACACUGAGGAGUGUAAAAUUCACCCCUCACUCCUAACAUGACAACUGUAUUCUGGAGUCCUGCUCAUCCAUCCAGCACCUCUACAAAUCUGGCAACUGGUGAGGGCAGGAUUUUCAUCAUGAAAAUCAAUAGGAAGGGAUAGCCCAAACAGGGCCUGUUUGGGCUAUAGUUUGGAAUUGCCGUGCACACUCGCGCACACACACUCGCACACAUGCAUUCAGUUUGACAGUUAAGGAUAAUUUGUUUGCAUAUUUGUUUUAGGAGCCUUCAUAUCACAUUUGGGGAAAGGAAUACUGCUGUUUGUUUGUAGUUUUAUUUGUGCUUUCCCUCCCAUGGAUUGUCCCCUGGUGUUGUCACACACAUGCGCACAGGCACACACACACACAGGCACAAGUUUGCCAGACACCCCAUGAACUCUUUCACCCCCCCCCCCCCCCCCCCCCCCCCCCCCCCCCCAGAGCUAAGCCAUGAAUUACCACGGAAACCUGUUGCCCUUCUCAUGGAGUCCUGGACCAAGGGAAGGGGCAGGGCUUCAGCAGGAAGUGAUUUCUGUGUGGACAGACUGACUGACAGACAUUUUAUGACUUGAUGUCACUUUUUUUCUUUUUUCCUCAUGAUUUUCAUUGGAUUAUCUUGGAUUAUCAUGCUUAAUGAUUUGUAUGUAUCAAAGGAGAAAUUAUCCAAAAAAUGUGGGGGAAAAUUCCACAAAAUUACAAACAUUUUGCAAAACUAGUCCUGGGAGAUUUAACCAGAUGUAAAUUUUGCUCUAAUUCAGGGGAGAGCAAAAACAAAAAAGCUUCAUUGUUGUGAAAACGUGUCAACCUGCAGAGGGAGGAACACUAAAGACAAGAGGAACAUCUCGGCUGCAGCCAUUUCUCCCAGAGGACAUAAUACACUGCGACACAAGUACUGUCACAUCCUGUGAAGUCAGGUAGUGAUGUCACUGCUUUCAUCUCCAGCGUUGUCAAGGGAAACUUAACCUGAACAAUUUAACACAAGAAAAGUCAAACAGAAGCCAACUUGUUUUACUUAGCUGAUCUGUUAUUUUUCUUUUAGCAUUUUUUUUUUUUUUUAUUCCUCCCUGCCUUUCUCAAAAAAAAAUGUAUUUUAUAUAAAGAAGGAAUAAACUAUUUGGCUUCUGGUUCAGGCUAUAGAGCUUCCAUGUUGGCACAUGUUUUUAUUUUGACCAUUAUUUUGUGUGUUCUUCAGUCUUAUGCACAUUUUUGAGGAGAUCUUGUGUCUCUUCUAUAGAGAGACCAGCCCUCCAACUGAAGACUCAAAUAAGAGGACUAGUUGACCUAAAGUACUUACUUUUAUUUUUCAUUUUAUAUUUUUCUUCUUUCCCAAUAGGUCACGUUUCUUCAACAACACGAGUAACUGUACAAAAAAAUGCAGUGUGUCUCCGUGCCGUCAUGAGAAUAUGGAAAUAUACUUAUAACGCCUGUUCAGCGCUGCAGCAGCAGACAGUGUUGGGCUGGACUCCACAGAACCAGAACCCAUUUACUGUCGUGAUGGACGGGGAAAUGUUCUUUAGUUUUUAUUUUUUUAUUUUUUUAUUAUACUUUUUUUUCAAACAUGCAUUUAAUGUAUAGUGAUGAUGACAAGUUAAUGAAUUGGGAAAUCGAGCUGUGGUAAUGGUGUCCCUGCUGUUUUAAUGUACCGUCCCAGUGGGUGUCUCCUCUGCAGAGUUCAGGGGAGGAGGGGGGGCUGUGAACCCCCCCCCGGCCUCUUGUAGACUAACAAUCCUCUGUUUGGCUGCUGCUAACUACUGAGCGAUGGGCAGGGCAGGGGGAUAGAGGUGGGUUCAGGAAGGAGGGCAGAGCAGGGUUCUGGGAGCAGCCAAGGCUUGUUAAUCUGGAGGUCUGCUUGUUGAUGUCUUAUGAACGAAAUCAUACGGCGGGGUGGGGGGAGGGCAGGGGGUUGUACAGUUCUGAGGGUCUAGCCUAGCACCCUAGGACAGAGCCACUUUAAAGAUUCACAAUUUAUUUGUCUUGUAUCUAAGCGAUACAAGCUAAUGUUUGCAAGAUUUUACUUGCAGAAGAGAAAAAAAAGUUGUUUUUAAAUAAAAGCAUAAGAAAUGCAACAGCGUUCUGGCCGCAGAUUGUUUAUAUCUUUUUAUAAAUUUUAAGAUUGAAUUCUUCUCUUUAAGGUGGCUCCCUGCAUAUUAAAGACAAGAAUGAGUUGAAAUUCAUUGUGCCUUUUGUUUUUCAUUUCUUAAAAAAAAAGUCAAGAGAACCAAACUUUUUUUCUCUCUUGAAAAGGACAAACAAACAAACUAACGGAAGCAAUGAAAUGCUUAGAGCAAACUGGGAGUAUUUUACAAAUGGGGGAUGUACUGUCAUGUGGUCACUCUGUCACUGGAGCUGAAGCCACGUGAUUGGUCAAUGCUGCUCUCUGCUGUGGAGAGUUAUACAGUUAGGUCCAUAAAUAUUUGGACAUUGACACAAUUUUCAUCAUUUUGGCUCUGUAUACCACCACAAUGGAUUUGAAAUGAAACAAUCAAGAUGUGCUUUAAGUGCAGACUUUCAGCUUUAAUUUCAGGGUAUUUACAUCCAAAUCAGGUGAACGGUGUAGGAAUUACAAUACAUUUUAUAUGUGGCCCCCCCCUUUUUAAGGGACCAAAAGUAAUUGGACAAUUGGCUGCUAAGCUGUUCCAUGGCCAGGUGUAUGUUAUUCCCUCAUGGGAGUUCGUUAUUUCAUUGACAAGGAGCAGAUAAAAGGUCUAGAGUUCAUUUCAAGUAUAGUAUUUGUGUUUGGAAUCUGUUGCUGUCAACUCUCAAUAUGAAGUCCAAAGAGCUGUCACCAUCAGUGAAGCAAGCCAUCGUUAGGCUGAAAAAUCAAAACAAACCUAUCAGAGAGAUAGCAAAAACAUUAGGUGUGGCCAAAUCAACUGUUUGGUACAUUCUUAAAAAGAAAGAACGCACUGGUGAGCUCAGCAACACCAAAAGACCCGGAAGACCACGGAAAACAACUGUGGUGGAUGACAGAAGAAUUCUUUCCCUGGUGAAGAAAAACCCCUUCACAACAGUUGGCCAGAUCAAGAACACUCCAGGAGGUAGGCGUAUCUGUGUCAAAGUCAAAAAUUAAGAGAAGACUUCACCAGAGUAAAUACAGAGGGUUCACCACAAGAUGUAAACCAUUGGUGAGUCUCAAAAACAGGAAGACCAGAUUAGAGUUUGCCAAAAAACAUCUAAAAGACCCUGUACAGUUCUGGAACAACAUCCUAUGGACAGAUGAGACCAAGAUCAACUUGUACCAGAAUGAUGGGAAGAGAAGAGUAUGGAGAAGGGAAGGAACUGCUCAUGAUCCAAAGCAUACCACCUCAUCAGUGAAGCAUGGUGGAGGUAGUGUUAUGGCGUGGGCAUGUAUGGCUGCCAAUGGAACUGGUUCCCUUGUAUUUAUCGAUGAUGUGACUGCUGACAAAAGCAGUAGGAUGAAUUCUGAAGUGUUUCUGGCAAUAUUAUCUGCUCAGAUUCAGCCAAAUGCUUCAGAACUCAUAGGACGGCGCUUCACAGUGCAGAUGGACAAUGACCCGAAGCAUACUGCGAAAGCAACCAAAGAGUUUUUUAAGGCAAAGAAGUGGAAUGUUCUGCAAUGGCCAAGUCAAUCACCUGACCUAAAUCCAAUUGAGCAUGCAUUUCACUUGCUAAAGACAAAACUGAAGGGAAAAUGCCCCAAGAACAAGCAGGAACUGAAGACAGUUGCAGUAGAGGCCUGGCAGAGCAUCACCAGGGACGAAACCCAGCGUCUGGUGAUGUCUAUGGGUUCCAGACUUCAGGCUGUCAUUGACUGCAAAGGAUUUGCAACCAAGUAUUUAAAGUGACAAUUAGAUUUAUGAUUGUUAGUUUGUCCAAUUAUUUUUGGUCCCUUAAAAAGGGGGGGGCACAUAUAAAAUGUGUUGUAAUUCCUACACCGUUCACCUGAUUUGGAUGUAAAUACCCUGAAAUUAAAGCUGAAAGUCUGCACUUAAAGCACAUCUUGAUUGUUUCAUUUCAAAUCCAUUGUGGUGGUAUACAGAGCCAAAAUGAUGAAAAUUGUGUCAAUGUCCAAAUAUUUAUGGACCUAACUGUAAUUGUUCUCCUGUCUUAUUUACCAAACAUUGUAACUCAUUAUGACAUCACAACUGCUCCUUGCACCCAUAACCCAUAGCAACACCUUCACAAGCCACACUGGUCAUCGUCACCAUAAUUCUUCCAAUCAGGGGAUUUUGAUGACAUCAUUUCCUCCCAUGGCCUCGCCCUCAGGACAUUGGUCUCUGUAUUACUGAUCCUAACCAAAAUAAACUUGCUGUUAGCCGUUGGAUCCACUUCU